CCGCAAUUGAAAUGUUGCUCACUUGCAGUGCACACGAAUAUAUCUGCUGUUGAAAGUUAAUAAGAGACAAAUUUCCAGAAAAAUGGAAGAAAUCUCGGCAAAUGAUAACCGACGUGCAGCGAAAAGCACAUUUAAAGAUAUCCUCAUUAGUCCAAACAAUGAUGACGUCAUCAUUCCAAUCAGUACGACGUUCGACAAAGCCGUAUUACACAUUGGUAUAGGGAACGGAUGUGGUAUAUUUAUAGAGAAGUUUGGUAUGAAGAUUGGUAAGGAGCUGAAAACUUCAGUGAAAUAUGCCACCCGAAAGUUCACAGACGCUCGUAACCAAAGGAAAAACAAAGGUAAAUACAUAAAAGCAAGAAAAAGAGAAGAUAUUGAGAAGAUUGUAGAUGAAAGUGGUGAAAUGUUUACGAGAGACAUUCCAAGUAUAGAAGAGACUGAUAGACAGCUAGCUAAGCUAGCCGACUAUGUUUUGGUUAGGGCACCAACGGAACACAAAAAUGCUAUAGAUAUAAUAUCAGACACUAAGCCCCUGAAAGAAAUCAAAUCUUUAGAUAUCGACAGCGACGUUGCUGACACUGAUGAAAGAAUUCAAUCUACGAUAGGGAAAGUUUUCACAUCGGACAUCAAAUAUGACAAGCGGCGAAUACCAAUGCAUGAAAAGGUAAUUGCUGAAAUUACUGCACCACAUUUUGAUUAUCAAACCAUGGUUGAGCCAAACAUGAAAAUUCAUUUGUACAAGCUGAAUGAAACACGGUUUAAAGCAGAGAGGACAAAUUCAUUUGAAGCUAUUGAUAAAGCUUAUCAGGAGGAAAUGUUACAAAUUGCAAUUGAUAAAGAGGCAGGUGCCCAUGAACCAACUAACAUUUGGCCAUUGGCUGAAAGUGGAUCAGGUUUUUCACUUUCAGAAGAUAUGCAUGUAUAUUUGGAUGAAGUAUUUGUUUUCUCAAAACGAAGCUCUCAAAUGUUUGAUGACUAUGUGUCAGAAACAAAAGAGAAGAACAGAAAAGAAAAACAGCAAGAGGAUGUAUCCGAAAGCGGUACGACGAGAGGAGUUGUUGACAUAGAUAAAGAUUAUCCUGUAGCAGACGGCAAUUUGUUUGGACGCGCUUUGGACAAAGGUCAAAGAAGAAAAAUUUCAUCUGAUACAAUUUUAGAUAGAGCAGCCGAUAAGGACAGUGAUACUUUGAAUGGUAUGGAUCCGGAUACCUUUGGUGAAUUUCUAGAUAUAGAGUCAGAUAAUUCAAUGAGUAAAGAUAUGAGUGCAGUUGGUAAAACGUCAGACAACGACACAAUAGAUGAAAUCGUAGAUAUAAAAUCAGAUGAUGAAAUCGUAGACAUAAUAGAAUCAAAUGAUGAUAUCAUAGACAUCGUAGCAAUAGCUCUACAAGAUCAAGAUGAAGCAGACAUAACAGCAGCUAGAAAUGACAUUGAUGAUACAUACAAUGAUGUGGUUGACGAUGAUGAUAACCUGUUUGGAAUCAUGGACCUCUACAUUAACAGUGAGCUACACUUCGACUUACACAACAUGCCAGCAUCACCCGAGGAAUUUGGCCAGAAGAAGGACUUUGGAUAUAAAUUCUUUUCAUUUUCAACAUUCUUUAAAUAAUUAAAUAAAAAUUAGAAAAACGG